AUGGGGGGCAGAUCCGAAGCCAAGGCCGCUUACUUCGAUAAGCUCAAGAGCCUUCUCGAUGAGUACCGAUCGAUCUUCAUCGUCAACGUCGACAAUGUCAGCUCUCAGCAGAUGCACGAGAUCCGUAUCGCUCUGCGAGGAGAGGGCGUCGUGUUGAUGGGAAAGAACACUAUGGUCCGUCGUGCUUUGAAGGGCUUCAUUGGUGACAACCCAGAGUAUGAACGCCUGUUGCCAUUCGUCAAGGGCAACGUCGGCUUCAUCUUCACGAACGGCGACUUGAAGGAGAUCCGUGAAAAGAUCCUUUCCAACCGAGUCGCUGCUCCCGCUCGUGCUGGUGCCAUUGCCCCCGUCGACGUGUACAUCCCCGCCGGCAACACUGGCAUGGAACCCGGCAAGACCUCUUUCUUCCAGGCUCUCGGUGUCCCCACCAAGAUUGCCCGUGGAACGAUCGAAAUCACGACCGAGCUGCGUCUCGUUGAGGCGAAGAACAAGGUCGGCCCAUCCGAAGCCACGCUUCUGAACAUGCUGAACAUCUCUCCCUUCACGUACGGUAUGUCUGUUGCUCAGAUCUACGAUGACGGCCAGACGUUCGACUCGAGCGUGCUGGACAUCGAGGAGGAGCAGCUUCUCGGCGCUUUCCAGACCGCCGUCAACACCAUUGCCUGUGUCUCUUUGGCGGCCAACUUCCCCACCAUGCCCAGUGUGAUUCACUCUCUUGUCAACACGUACAAGAAGUGUGUUGCCAUUGGUAUUGAGACCGACUACAGCUGGGAGGCUAUCGAGGAGCUCAAGGACCGCAUUGCCAACCCUGAUGCGUAUGUCAGCACUGGCCCUGCCGUGGUUGAGACCAAGGAAGAGAAGCCCAAGGAGGAGGCUAAGGAGGAGGAGGAAGACGAAGAGAGUGACGAGGGUGGAUUCGGCGACUUGUUCGGUUAA